AUGGGGAAAGAUUCCCAAAUUUCCAAGCAGCCACCUAGGCAUGAAAUGACCUACUUCCCCAAACUCACCUCCGAAGUCAGAGCUUUUGGACAGUUCAGAAAAGUGAUUCAUACCGGCCUUUACUCGCAGCUAGUCACAAUGGAGGUGCCUGUUGGUGGAGACAUUGGCGAUGAGGUGCAUACGGUCGAUCAGGUAUUGAUCUUCACAAGCGGGGAGGGCAAAGCAACAAUCGCAGGGAAAGACCAGGACGUGAAAGCUUCCGAUGUUGUGUUCGUGCCGGCUGGUACACAACAUCAAUUCAUCAAUACGUCCAAAACACAGCCGCUUGAACUUGUGACGGUGUAUAGCCCAGCAGAGCAUGACCCACAGACUGUGCACAAGACCAAGGAGGAAGGGGAUGAAGAGGAGGAUAAUGGAAAGGAUGAAGCUCCUGAGUGGAGCCAGCAGUCGAAGGCAUCGAAUGAGGAUAAUGGCCUGGUAAAGGAGAGUGGAGGUCCGUAUGAGAAUGGCGAUGAUGGCAGACAUAAGAAGGCUUGA